GAAAAGGAAAGCUGACACGAAGGCGUGAGGCCCUCAGAAGGGAUCACACGACACCAUGGCCCUCCGAAGGGCGGGUGCCCUGGGUGGCAGGAUCCACCGAACUAUCCAACAGCAGGGACAAAUCGCUGAGGGGCUUGUGGGAGACCUGACAAAGCAGUCUUCUUUGCUGGAUGGGGCUGGGACUCUGGGAGGUGUCCGCCAUGCUUCUCAGCUUGCAGUGAAGCAGCGGAUGCGAUCAGUGCAGAACAUUGCCAAGAUCACCAGUGCCAUGAAGAUGGUUGCAGCCUCCAAGAUGCGGGUUGCACAAAUCAACACAGAAAAGUCGCGCGGCUUGCUGACACCUUUCCUGAAGCUGCUGGGUGAUCUGCCAGCUGUGGAGGUGGAGACCAACGUAGCAGUCCCAGUGACGACAGACAAGGGCCUGUGUGGAGGCAUCAACAGUACAGUGUCCAAGUAUGCACGCGGGACGCUGAAGGCCUUCGCAGAAGAGGGCCAGAACAGUGAGCUGGUGGUGAUUGGGGAGAAGGGCAAGGCACAGCUGCAGCGUGACCAGGCCUCUCACAUCAAUCAGACCAUCGCAGAUGUUGGCAAAGUCCGCGUCACCUUCUCUCAGGUGUCGGCCAUCGCAGAGGAGCUGAUGAAGACAGAGUACGAUGCAGUGCGCAUCAUCUUCAACCGCUUCUCCUCGGCCAUCUCCUUCAAGCCCACCGUGGCGACCGUGCUCAGCCCUGACGCACUUGAGAAGGAGGUGGAGGCCGGUGGAAAGCUGGACGUGUACGAGAUGGAGGGCCCUGACAGGGGCGAGCUCCUGCAGGACCUGGCUGAGUUCCAGCUGGCAGCGACGCUCAACAAUGCUCUCUUGGAAAACAACUGCAGCGAGCAGGCAUCCAGGAUGAGCGCCAUGGAGAGUUCCACCAAGAAUGCCAAGGAGAUGCUGGACAAGCUCACCCUCUCUUACAACAGGACGCGCCAGGCCGCUAUCACCACAGAGCUUACCGAGAUUAUUUCUGGAGCAGCUGCCCUGGAGUCUUGAUCCCCCUUCCCCUGAAAUUGUCUAGAAUGUUUGCUGAAGCAUUCGUGGCAGCUGAGAACAGCACCAGAGGGACUUGACUCUAGUGGGAAACUUGUGUCACUGCCAGGAGCAUGUUUACUUUUGGACAAGCUUGAGAGCAGACACCAUUCAUGUUGUAAUCAUGUUACAAAUCUCUUGCAAGCCUUUUGCUACUCAGGACGAUCUGUCAGGCACCUUUCUCAAGAGACUCAAUCUUGACACCUGGUGGAAAAAUCAAUAUAACUGCUUGGAGAUGUCUGACAAGACUGUGUUCACUGCGAAAAGGCUGACCGCUGUGCCAGCAACGAUGGCAAUCACGACGAAAGU